CCACCACCACCACCACCACCACCACCAACCAGCGACUCAGCCAUUGAACCACGGUCCCCGCUCCCACGAACCAGCAACUCAAUUCAAUUGCGAGCUCCGUCGCCGCCAACCACACACGAUGUUCGCCGUACGAACCCCCACGCUCCGCCGACUACCCGUGCAGCUGUGCCGCUUCAACAGCACCACCGCAGCACCAGCAGCAGUAGAAGCCCUGGAAACCCCCCCCACGCCCCUCCCCUUCUUUGUGCACCGCAGCAAAACGAACAACCUCCCGGUGUACGAGGAGGCGCGAUCCGGGGGGACGCUGAAGACGACGCGGAUCCGCAAGACGGAGGGGGAUCUGAACGACCUGCGGCUGCGGUUGAUCGAGCAUCUCGAGUUGAAGCCCGAGGGCGUAUACAUCAAUAACCUCACAAAGCAUGUCAUCGUCAAGGGUCAUCUCAAGCAGAAGGUGGAGGCGUUUUUGAAGGGGUUGAAGUUUUGAUUUCUCCGCCAGCGAUAGAGGGGGACGGGGAAGGGGGGGAGCAGGAGGAGCGGGAUGGAUAGCCGGACGGAUGGAC